UGGUGUAUUGGGCCCCCUGUGGAGAGGGUGUUCCCUCAAUAACAAACAGCAGCUGCUUUGCAAGCAGACCGUAAAGGUCUCUUGCAUCAGUUCAAAUGGAGAGUUUGAAGGACUUUUUAUCUCCUACCACAUUCAGUUUUUACGGCUAUAUUGUAGCUGUAUUUUGUGCUAUUGGCGUAGCAGCAUUCUCUACAAGUAUAGGAAUCUUGAGAUCGAGUGAAAGACGAAAUUUUCACUGUAAUGUUGGGUCAAGGUGUCCUGCCCUUCAAGGUACUUGUUUCGAUCAGUACGACCAACAGUACAACAUGCCUUUACCUUUGUGGGGAUUUGUACCCUCAUCCUUCUUAAUUCUGACAUUGAUUAGCAUCGUUUAUAGCACGUGCUGUGUUAAAUCUCGAGUAGAAGAAGUAGAACGAGCCAGCAAGAUAGAUACGGAGAAUCCUCACCCAAGACAAAGAAUAACAACUCGAAGAGUCUUCAACUGUUAUCUUACUCAGCUACUUGUACGACUCAUUUUGGGCAUUCUGUUCAUUGUAUUACAGAAAGUUGUGCUUUAUCCUUCUGGUUUUCCUACUAGUUUCGUUUGUGAGAAGAAGUUAACGGAAUCAAAAGUUCCAGAGGCCAACAUGACGUUUAACAAUUCAUCUUUUAUCGACUGUACGAAUUCCGUGGGGUCAGACAAAGAUGUCUAUGCAAUGACAGCGUGCAUUGUUAAUACGAUAUUUGCAUGUUUUGUUGCUGGAGAAAUAGCAUAUCUAAUAAGAAAGGCAUGUUUGGAUAAGAACUUUAUGAAUGACGGUGAAUUUUGUCAAAGGCAUUUGUUUAAUAGAAGAAUAACUCCAAGCAGAAUGAAUGAAUACACAAUGAGACAACGCAGACGAAUUAUUAAAGAUACACAAGUAUUAGACCCAAUAGUUCCUCCAUCACCAGGUGAAAAUGAAGGCUGCAAGAACCUAGAUGACGUGUAUGUGAACCUUAUCAUUCACACUGGAAGAGCAACUCCUGAUUUAGACAUGGAAAGAAUGGACAAGCUUAGAAUAAUGGAAGAAUAUGUCAAAUCUCCAAAAAAUUCAAUUAGACUUAACAAACUGGAGGAUUUGUUCGUUCCCAAUGAAGACAGCAAUGAUCCUCGUAAAAUUCUUAUUGUUGGCUGCCCUGGGAUUGGAAAAACUUUGUUGUGCAAGAAACUCUUAAGAGAAUUGAGUAAGAGAGAGGAGAAACAAGAAGAACCUAAAAAAUUUCGUCUUUUGUUUUUAUUUCAUUUUAGAAAUUUCAAUUCUGAAGAAAUGAAAAGCAUGUCCCUUCAAACAUUACUAAGUCAUAGUGUUUAUUCAGAGGGAGAGCUAGAUGCAGAAAUAUUUCAGUGGAUAAUUGAACACCCUGACGAGAUACUUCUGGUGUUUGAUGGCUUGGAUGAAUUCAAAGACCAUGAGAAGUGCAUGGAUGAGGAGAAUAGACAUCCUGGGAAUGGUGUUACAGAUGUUAUGCCUUUUGCUGCUCUUUAUGUGAAACUAGUUACAGGCAAAAUCCUCCUUGGAGCUACAGUGCUCACAACUGCAAGACCUUUUGCAAUAAAUAGCGUUGGCGGUCUGAAAUUUGACAGAGAAGUAGGAAUAUUGGGGUUUUCUACUGAAAAAGUGAAAGAAUAUUGUGCAAAGUUUUUCCAGGAUGACGAAAGUGUAAUAGAAAGAGUCUGGCAGCAUGUUCAAAGCAAUUUAAACCUGUUAAAUUUAUGCUACAUUCCUGUUAACUGUUUCAUAGUUUGUUCUCUUUUGAAAAAGAUUAUGGAACUUACAACCAGCUAUUCACAAGGUGCUGUCUUGACAACCACACUUACAGAUAUCUAUGAAGGAGCAUUAAGAUUGUUCAUUUUCAAACAUCACCCUGAAUAUCAGGGCAAAACUUUGAAACGGAGUGACCUUACAUCUAAUGGGACAUUUUCUAGUUCAGUAGAACAAAUGCUGUCAAAACUUGAGAAAUUGGCCAAGAAAGGAAUUGAUGAGAAACGACUGGUAUUUGAAUUAGAAGAAGUGCAGGGAAUGGAAAACUGUGGAUUGCUGAACCGCUUGCAAGAUGUAGAAAAUGCCCCAUUUACUUACAAGCCUCAAUUUUGCUUUAUCCAUUUGACAAUGCAAGAAUUCGUUGCUGCAAGAGGAAUUGCAAAAAUGGAUCCUCAAGAUAUCCAGCAGUUUAUAUCUUCAACAGCUAAAGAUGAAAAAUGGCAUCUGGUAAUCCAGUUUGUGGCAGGACUACUUAGAGGUAAUGAAGCCGUUGUAAAUGAAGUGUUUGUAAAGAAUCUUCAAGAUGGCUUGUUAGUCAAUAGUCAUGACAGAGACAAUAGAAAUAUGGCUUUACUCAUGAUGAAAUGUUUCUAUGAAGCAAAUGAUAUCAGUUCUGCAGAGAGAGCAGCUGCUGAGCUCAAGUCAAACAGUAAGUUCACCAAUCAAAUUGAAUUUGAAAAUCUCAGUCUUUCUCCAGUUGAUUGCACUGCAAUAGUGUAUUUUGUCAAACACAUUGAUAAUUUAGAAUAUCUUAAUGUUAGUUGGAAUCCAUUGGGAGAUCGUGGGUGUUCAGAACUCUCAAAGUUGAUUAAGGCAGGGGGACCACAAGCAUUAUAUCUCACAUGUUGUGACAUUAGUGAUCAAGGCCUGAUUACGAUACUUGAUGCAAUGAAAACAGCUGAGACAUGUAAUCUGUCCCAGUUACAUCUCGAUGGAAAUCCUGACAUAUCUCAAAAAGGUUAUUCAUACCUUUGUGAUGCUCUCAUGGAUGAAAAAUGUAAACUUACAGGGUUAUCAAUUGAUGAUAUACCUGAAGGUGAAUUAAUGAAACUUAUCAAUGCAUUGAAACACAAAAAUUGUAAUCUUACUAAGCUCCACUUAGAUAAAGGAAGCAAUGGAAAUCAAGAUGAAAGUAUAAGUCAAAACUUAUAUAACGCUCUUGUGGAUGACAACUGUAAGCUGACAGACCUGAAAUUAAGCUUCUCUUAUUCAUCUUCAUCUAUAUCACAUUUAUGUGAAGCAGUUAAACAUAAAAAUUGUAAACUUACUAAUUUAACAUUGAUACAUUCUAUUCUGAGAGAUGAAGACAUAUUAUGUCUUUGUGAGGCAUUGAAAAGUGUGAGUUGCAAAUUUGAAGAAUUACAUAUGGUUGGUAAUGUUUGUGAUAUAUAUUAUUUAAGCAUAGUUAAUGAUCAUGAAAUUAUAUAUGGAUUACCUAAAAAUACGAAUAGUCAGAUAUUUAUAUCUGUCUUCAAUGAAGGUCUUUGCAUCACAGAUGCAGAUGUACCACACCUUUGUGAUGCACUUAUACACAAAGACUGUAAACUUACCAAGUUAAGUCUUGUUUGUCCAGCCUCUAAUUCCCUAACAAAGCAGGGUAUUGAGAAUUUGCAAAGUGCCCUUACUCAUAUAAACUGUAAAAUCAGAGAGCUGACUCUGUACUGCGGAGAUGGCCCCUGCUUACGAUUACACAGCUAUACAGCUAAAAAGGGUGACUCUGACAGUCAGUAUGAGGAAAUAGCACUUUCAAGUAUGGCGUUUGAKGGAAACCCAUACAAAAUCAAAAUAGAAAGAUAAUUAUAGAUUAUAGAAGUUAUAUUUCUAAGAAUCAGAAAUCCAACCUAACUUUUUAAAGCUUGUAAUAGGCCAUUUCACGGAUCCCGUUACUCAACCUCAGCCUCGUCAGCGUGUAAUUAUUCUUUAGAAUUUGACUACAGUCUGCAGCAAUGAAAGGAAUUUACACAUCAACGAACAAUUGAAUAGGCAAUUUCUAAAGAAUAUAUUAGUUAUAUGAUGCUCUUGUGGAUGAAAACUGUAAGCUGACAGACCUGUUGUUGAGACAUGAAGUUAGCAUAUCACAUGCAUGUUCACAAAUUUGUAAAGCACUCAAACAUAAAAAUUGUAAACUUACCAAACUGACACUCUUACAAAGAGAUAAGGGAACAACAAGUAUCCUUAAGGACUUGGAAAAGGCUAUCCUGCAUGAAAACUGUAAAAUUGAAGAGCUUACUCUGGAACCUCCAAACAACACAAAAUUAACAUUUGCUGAAAACGUGCAGUAUUUUGAAUCAUGAUAACAACAGGGUCUUGGCUAUUAAGGAUGAAUCUGGCCAGGUUGAGGAAAUAAGACUUUCAAGUAUGUUACUUUUUAGACAGCCUUCAAUAAUCAAAAUAGAACGAUAGCUUUGUUUCUAGGGAUAAGAAAAUCAACAUAACUUUUAAAAGCUUGUAAUAGACCUAAUCCACUGUUUUCCCAUUUCARACCACAUGUCAUUCCCUAGAGUAUCAUCUCUUUGUUUACUGGUUAUGCAUGACAAGACACAUGAAUAUGAUCUGAAAUGGAAAAAUAUUAUGCCUAGGUGCAUUGGGUUCAUUUGAGCACUUGUAAAGUCGAUUACCACUUACCAUGCGAUAUUACCACAUUGCACUUAAAAAUAAAAAUUGCAAACUUAUGAAGCUCGACGUUCAUACAAGAUAUAGCAGAUAAAGAAAUAUUAUGUGUUUGUAAGGUAUUGAAGCAUGUGAACUGCAAAUUAACAGAAUAACUUGUUAUUCCCAUGUCUUAACAAUUAAAUUCUUUAAGUCAUCAGAUAAAACUUAAAAUACAAAUGCAAUAUUUAUACUUCAAUUGUAUGAAAAUGAUGAAAACUUUAAGCUUACUGAUCUAGGUAUAUCAUACUUCUGUGAUGUACUGAAAAACAAGGAUUGUAAACUGCAGGCCCGUUGCUAGGAUCUUGAAACGGGAGGUUCGUUUUUCUACCUAUCUUUGUUAUGCCAUUUCUUGAAUAACUAGGAUAGCGCUAAACAUUAUUUCAUACUCCUACAAAGGUGGAGAGGGAGAGGGUGGGGGUUUGUUCAUUCGAAACACCGAACUACUCCUAGCGGCUGGCCUGAACUUACUAGAUUAAGCGUAGUAAUUCCUUAACCUAAAAGCCUUAUCAAGAAAGGUAUUGAAAAUUUGCAAAAUGUUAUCCUGCAUGACAACUAUAAACUGCACUAAAGAUUAGAUUUUGUUAAAUUUGCUUGCUGCAUACUCAAUAAUAAUGGAGGAAAUAUCACUUUCAAGUAUAGUACAUGUACCUGAUAAACCCUCAAUUAAAAUAAAAAUAAAAAGAUAGUUUUAUUUUCAAUAGAAUCAGAAAACCAACAUAACUUUUAAGUUUGUACAUGUAAUUGUAGCACUUGUCAAGUUCAAUAAAAUAUAAGAUAAAUGUAA